AUGGCUAAUAAAACCCAGGAGGUUGGUGGUAUCCAUUUCCCUUUUCCCUUCACACCCUAUUCCAUCCAGAAAGACUUCAUGGCAGAGCUAUAUCAGGUGUUGGAGGCUGGCAAGAUUGGAAUAUUUGAGAGUCCGACUGGCACUGGAAAAUCUUUAAGUCUUAUUUGUGGGGCCCUUUCCUGGCUCCGUGACUUUGAGCAGAAGAAACAUCAAGAAGAGGCACGUCUCCUUGAAACUGGAACUGUCCCCUUAAGUGACGGGCAGGAGCAGCCCCUGUCUCUCUCAUCCUCCUGCGAAGAGACCCCAGACACCCUGAGGCCUGUGGGAGAGCCUGACUGGGUGACUCAGUUUGUGCAGAAGAAAGAAGAAAGGGACCUGGUGGACCGACUGAAGGAGGAGCAGGUCAGGAGGAAGAAGCGAGAGGAACGCCUGCAGCAGAUCCGUCAAAAUGCACAGCUCAAGUAUGCAGCCAAGCGCGUGAGACAAGAGGAAGAAGAGAUGGAGCGCGUCCUCCGCCUCAGCAGGGAGGCGCUGGCGGCAGGGGCAGCCGCUGAGCUGCCAGAGCAGCCAGCGUGUGGGGAGGAGGACCUGGUCCUCGCCGAGUAUGAGAGCGACGAGGAGAAGGGAGCGGCUGGCGGAGUGGACCAGGAUGAGGAUGGCCCGGAGGAGGAACAUGUAACUAAGAUUUACUACUGCAGUCGGACGCACUCCCAGCUGGCUCAGUUUGUGCACGAGGUACAGAGGAGCCCCUUUGGCAAGGACACCCGGCUUGUCUCCCUCGGCUCUCGGCAGAAUCUUUGUAUAAACGAAGAUGUGAAAACCCUGGGUUCUGCGCAGCUCAUCAAUGACCGCUGCAUGGAGAUGCAGAGAAGCAAACGCGGUAAGAAGAGCAGAGCUGAGGAAGAGAAGCCCAAGAGGAGAAAGCAGGAGCGCCGGGCCACCUGCCCCUUCUAUGGCUACGAGCAGCUGCAGCUCCUCCGAGACCAGGUCCUGGUGGGGGUGAAGGACAUUGAGCAGUUGGUGGCGCUGGGGAAGGAGGCUCGGGCCUGUCCCUAUUACGGGAGCCGGUCUGCCAUUCCAGCAGCCCAGCUCGUGGUGCUACCCUACCAGAUGCUGCUGCACGCGGCCACCCGCCAGGCCGCGGGCAUCCAGCUGCAGGGCCAGGUGGUGCUCAUCGACGAGGCGCACAACCUGAUCGACACCCUCACGGGCAUCCACAGUGCGGAGGUCAGCGGUUCCCAGCUCUGCCAGGCCCAUUCCCAGUUGCUCCAGUAUAUGGAACGAUAUGGGAAGCGUCUGAAGGCCAAGAACUUGAUGUACAUCAAACAGAUCCUGUAUCUGUUGGAGAAGUUUGUGACUGUGUUGGGUGGGAACACGAAGCAAAAUCCCAACACACAGAGCCUUUCGCAGACAGGGACAGAGCUGAAGACCAUUAAUGACUUCCUCUUUGAGAGCCAGAUCGACAACAUCAACCUGUUCAAGGUGCAGCGCUACUGUGAGAGGAGCAUGGUCAGCAGGAAGCUCUUCGGCUUCACAGAAAGGUACGGCACAGUCCUCGCACCCUCCAGGGAGCAGCCCAAACUGGCUGGGUUCCAGCACUUCCUGCAGAGCCUGCAGCCCACAGUGACCCAGACCUCUGUGACCCCUGUGGAGGAGGGCGAGGCCAGGGUGCCACGGCUGGCUUCCCCGCUGAUGCACAUCGAAUCCUUCCUAGCAGCCCUCACCACUGCCAACCAGGAUGGCAGGGUCAUCGUGAGCCGCCAAGGAAGCCUUAGUCAGAGUAGCCUCAAAUUCUUGCUCCUGAAUCCAGCUGUGCACUUCGCCCAGGUGGUGAAGGAAUGCCGGGCCGUGGUCAUCGCAGGGGGCACCAUGCAACCGGUGUCUGACUUUCGGGAGCAGCUGCUGGCUUGUGCUGGGGUGGAAGCUGAGCGAGUGGUGGAGUUUUCCUGUGGUCACGUGAUCCCUCCAGACAAUAUCUUACCCCUCGUCAUCUGCAGUGGGCCUUCCAGCCAGCAGCUGGAGUUCACGUACCAGAAGAGAGAGCUGCCGCAGAUGAUGGAUGAGACUGGUCGCAUUCUCUGUAACCUGUGCACUGUGGUCUCUGGAGGGGUGGUCUGUUUCUUCCCCUCCUAUGAGUACCAACGCCAGGUCUAUGCCCACUGGGAUAAGAGUGGUCUGCUGGCCCGCCUGGCUGUCAAGAAAAAGAUAUUUCAGGAACCCAAGAGAGCAAACCAGGUGGAGCAGGUGCUGAUGGAGUAUUCCAGGUGCAUUAAGUGCUGUGGCCAGGCGGGAGGCACGGUGACAGGUGCUCUGCUCCUCUCUGUGGUUGGAGGAAAGAUGAGUGAAGGUAUUAACUUCUCUGACAACCUCGGCCGGUGUGUGGUCAUGGUAGGCAUGCCCUACCCCAACAUCAAGUCUCCAGAGCUGCAAGAGAAGAUGGCCUACCUGGAUCAGACCCUACCCAGAAGCCCAGGUCAGCCACCACCAGGGAAGGCUUUGGUGGAGAACCUGUGUAUGAAGGCUGUCAACCAAUCUAUAGGCAGGGCCAUCAGGCACCAGAAGGAUUUUGCCAGCAUAGUGCUUCUGGAUCAGCGGUAUGCCCGCCCACCUAUCCUGGGCAAGCUGCCAGCCUGGAUCCGAGACCGUGUGCAGGUCAAAGCCACCUUUGGUCCUGCCUUUGCUGCUAUGAGGAAGUUUCAUCGUGAGAAGUCUGUCCCUUCCUGA